AUGGGUGGCUCUAUAUCGAAAAUGCUAAAAAAGAUGUUUGGCAACCGUGAAAUGAGAAUUCUUAUGUUGGGGUUGGAUUCUGCUGGUAAGACCACCAUUUUAUAUAAGUUGAAGCUAAACAAAGGCAUAACAACCGUACCUACGGUCGGUUUCAAUGUUGAAACCGUGACAUAUAAGAAUAUCAAGUUCAAUGUGUGGGAUGUUGGUGGACAAGAUAGAAUCAGACCUUUGUGGCGUCAUUAUUUUAGUGGGACAGACGCAUUGAUUUUUGUCAUUGAUAGUGCCGAUAUUGAUAGAAUUGCCGAAGCCAAAAGGGAAAUGUACAAGAUCAUCACCGAUAAAGAAAUGAAAGAUGCAUUAUUGUUAGUCUUUGCCAACAAGAAGGACUUGCCAAAUGCUUUGAAACCUCAGGAAAUUACCAGAAGAUUAGAACUAGAAAAUUUAAAAGACCACAUUUGGUGUGUGGUUGCCAGUAAUGCUUUGACUGGGCAAGGUUUGAUAGAAGGUUUGUCCUGGAUAUCCAAUAAUUCAAGGGAUGCGAACUAA